AUGACCCUUGAUGAACGCCUAUUCUGUGACGACAAAAACAGCACGACGACAACCGAUUCUGUCAGCAAGUCCAUCGUCGUAGCAUUGAUAUCCACGGCCAUCAUAGGCGGUAACGUCUUAUGUCUGAUUUUCUAUUACGACAACAUCGGAAUCAACUGUGAGCCAUUUUACCAAAACCCCUCCAUUACGGCGACGGUCAUGUCGUUAUUCUAUUUCAUCCCUGCUGCCAUCAUGCUGGUCUGCUAUCUCCGGAUACUGACGGUUGCUACGCAACAGAAGCCAGGGGGCGCAACCCAGGCUGGAAAACAGUGCCGUCCUGCACUCGAGAUGAGGAAGCAUUAUGGCCGCUGUUCGCAGGAGUCCCUGAAGGCAAACAUCAAUACUCAGUCCAUGGGUUCCCGACGGUCCCUCAAUCUGAAGGCAGCCAAGACUCUUGGCCUCAUCACAAUAGGGUUCUUUGUUGCUGUUACACCCUGGACUGUCACACAGUUGGUCAUGGCUCUGGGGGACGUGAAGGUCAACCCCCUCCUGGACUUCUCGGUGACGUGGUUAGCGUUAAGCAACAGCUUCUGGAACGUCAUAAUUUACUGCGUGACCAGCACAUCCUUCCGUCUGGCUGCUGGAAGACUAUUUUCCCGGAAACAGUCUGAAGUGCGUCGUUGUGUUGUACACCCGCCCAGGGUGGAGCUGUUGACGACUCGGAGCACAGUGGUUGAUUCUUUUGAGCAUAUUGCAUGCAAUGGAAACACCCCCGAGGAGUGGAAGGGUAAGAAUGGCGUGCAUGUGAACGGUCAUGGGCGGUACAACCCCGAGAGUUGUAAUAACGGUUCAGAUUCGUGGCGACGGACUCAAAGGCCUUGCUCUUCUGGUGCGCAUCAGUGCAAGAGGUUAUACUCAGACGUUCCCCAUAGUGUUACCCAUUCCUGCCAUGGCUAUGACCGUGAAGUGAUAUUUCAGUAUGAGGAGGACAUUGUGUCACAGGACAGUUUCCACCUGUCGAGGACGCACAGGAGAAAGUCCACAAGACUACAAGACUGUCUUUGUAACAGGACAGAAUCGGCGCCAAACAUUCCGGAAAUCGAAGAGUUUCCCCUCGACUCCAUCAUCAAGACCGGGCACUCUGGAAUUAAUUUGGGCAGCAGCGACAGCAGCGGCUCCGACACCAUUCUACAGUCCGACUAGUGCCAAACUAGCAUCUUCAUAAUGGAUAUGGCACGUCCAAAAAUUCUUGUCGCUGUAAAUAAUGGAAUAACGUUCGUUUGGACUACUUUGUGCGAGAAUACUUUGUAAAAAAAUACUUUCCAAAGUGUUUCUUUGUUCGGGACUACUUUCUAAAGGAUUACUUUCAUUUGCAAGAAGCAACUUUGUAAUAAACAACUUUGUGAGAAGCAACUUUGGAAGAAGCUACUUUGCAAGGUGCUUGUGUUUAAGGGGCUAGUUUCUAUGGGACUACACUUUUAAGUGACUGCUUAGAAAGGGACUACCUUGUACUGAUACGUAGUAAGUAGCUUCUCAUGGCCUAGACGACUUGCCUGACUUUGAAUUCUGUAAAUAUGGAUGUUAAUAGGUGAUAUAACAGAUGGCCAAAAGUGGAUGAUAAAAUGGCACAGUUAAUUAAUUUUAAGCGGUGUCAUUUCGAUAGCUCAAAACAUUCUUUGAACAGUCAGAUAUUCAUUUUUAUUAACAUAUUAAUUAUAUAGUAUCCUAUUACAAAGAUGCGACCAUUACCCUUUUGACCACAUCAGCGCUCCAGGGCCUAGAUUUUCGAAGCUCUCUUAUCGCUAAGAUAGUCGUAAGUGCCAUAUCUUAACAGUAACUUACGACUAAAGUCCUAGUGGCAAACAGGGUGUUGUUGAAGACAAGGGGCAAGGGCAGUUUCAACUUUUUCAAAUGUCAGUUGUCGACAUCUGAUCGAUGGCUGAACGCGUCAUCACUUACAAAGAUGCUCAUGACAUGAACCACAAGGGUGGUGUUGCAAUCAAAAGUAGAGAUUAUCUUUAAUCAUAGUCAGUCGAUAUGCACAUAUAACGUCGUAUUUAAAGAACGGGGUGUCCUUCACCAACAACUGAACACAGAUCUGAACAAACGCCAACAUAUCAUUCCCUUAACUAAUUUUCUAAUUUUCGAUCUAAAACUGACAUGGAAAUAUCCAUAGAGAAAAAUGAAACACUGACGCACUCUUAUAUUGAAAAACAAUAUUGUCUCAUCGGGUAGAUAAAUCAUGAAGGUCAAUGUUGAGACAAAUGUAUUUUUAAGUAAAAAUUGUGUUUUGAUUCAAAAUAAUACAUUUCAUACCUUAAUUUUACAUUAAUAUCUAUUUUGCAUAUUGUAUGU